AUGAACCUGGAUGCUUUGUUCCAGCAAAUAGAGUUCACAGAGAAGCAAGCGAGGGAGAAGAGGCACCUCAUCCAACAAGCUAAAGUCGAUAUAAAUAGAAGUUAUGAAAAAAUUAACCAGAUAAAAGAAGAGCUGAGCAUUGCAAAAAUGAAAUUGGAGACCAAGGUUCAGCAUCUGUGUGAAAAACAGUUCUAUUUAGAAAUUCUGAAGAAACGUGAAGACAGCUUAGAAAAACAGAAAGCUGAACUCAUUAAUCAAAAAAGCAGUCUUCUUAAAAUCCUUACAGAUGCAAAGAGAAAAAUGACUGAAGAGGAAGAUAAUUUUACUGGAGAAGUAACACAGUUUAACAAUGAGUAUGGACUAACAAGUAAUAGAAAUCUUCUGAUUAAAAAAAAAGUCAAGACUGAAAUAAAUGAUUUAGAGAAUGAGGCAGCUCUGUUGAAAAAUGAAAUGGAGUCGAUGGAACAUAAAAAUACUCAGUUAAAUGCACUCCAGGUGAAGAAGAAUGAAUUAAAGCAGGAGUUAUUUACUCUCCAAAGUGAACUCAAAGACCUUGAGAAAGUAAUCAGGGAGGCUGAAAAAAGGACAAAAGAUUUAGAAGCAGAAAAACUCCAAGUCACUGAAAAACCUCAGACUGAUCCUGAAUGUUUAAGGCUCAAGAAAGAACUGGAAAACUGCAAAGAUGAUGACUGGGAAAGUAUCUGUGAGACUCUUCGAACAGAAAUUGAAAUUCUGCAAAUGAAUCUAUCACAAAAAAAGUCUUCAGACAAGUGA